CAAAAGCUGUGCCUUGCAGUUGGUUCGCUGCCGUCGUCAGGUGCAGUUGGGAAAUCGCGAGAAAAAUCAAUUUUCGAAAAUUGCAUCCACUCGUUGAAAUUUCUCCCGUGAUCGAUCCUCCUCCAUGAAGUGGGAGAACUAUUGCGACUUUGUGGCCGGAUGUUUUGGCGGUGCUUGCGGGGUGCUGGUGGCCCACCCACUCGACACAAUCAAAGUAUGGCAACAGGCCUCGAAUUCAUCCGUCGUGACAGCUAUUCAACAGAUCUACAGUCGCAACAAUGGGGUCAACGGCUUCUACAGGGGCAUGUUCUUCCCGUUCAUCUCGACGGGAGCGAUCAACUCGCUGCUCUUUGGCAUCUACGGCAACCACCUGCGGCAGCUGAGGAAGGUGUGCCACAGUGAUUACCAACGUGAGCAGCUGGAGUACCACAACAUGUUCUUGGCGGGAUCGGUGGCUGGUUUCGUGCAAUCCUUCAUCGCCUGUCCCAUGGAGCUGAUCAAAGUCCGUCUGCAGACAGCGACCUAUUACAAUGACUACCUCUAUGGCCAGCGGCGGACUGCCUUUGGCACUUUCAAAAGGAUACUCAAGACUGAUGGGAUCUCGGGACUCUAUCGCGGCCUGUUGCCAAUGAUGUGUCGCGAUGUCCUGCCUUAUGGAAUCUAUAUGCUGGCCUAUCGCCAAGGCGUUGAUUACAUGGACAGACGGGAUUUUGUGCGUCGGCGACGUAGUCAGUCGGACGGAUCGAGUGUGAACCUACUGGUGACCACACUAGCAGGAGCCUGGGCCGGAGUCAUCUCGUGGGUGUGUGUCAUUCCGUUCGACGUGGUCAAGACGCUGAUGCAGGCGGACGAGAACCAUAAGUACAGGGGAAUCUUCCACUGUGUGCGGGUUCAGUACAGGGCCUACGGCUGGAGGAGUAUCUUUCGCGGCAGCUGGAUGUUGGUGGCAAGAGCGGUCCCUUUUAAUGCCGCCACUUUUCUGGGCUACGAGUACGCACUGGAGGGAUGUCAGCGGUUGAAUGGCACCUAUGUAUGACCCAGAGAGUCUGGUGGGGAUUAAGAGAAGUACGCUAUGGAGUGGUGUGAGCGGGUGUAUGGCACCUAUGUAUGUAUGAGUCAAAGAGUCUGGUGGUGAUUAAGAGGAGUCAGCGGUUGAAUAUGAGCCAGAGAGUCUGGUGUUGACCAAGAGCUUUAACUAAUUUGUAUGCUAAAAACUUAAAAAUCAACUGAGUCGCAUGUGAUUGAAAUUUAAUAAACUAUUUUAAUAUUUUAAUAACUAAUUAAACGAUGACUUGAAA